GCAACCCGAUUUCCGGUUCCGGCAGCACCGAGAUCCCAGUCGAGAUGGAGGAAGAUGCGCCCGGAGGAGGCCGGCAGUCUUUGGGAACAGAAGAUAGAGCGGGGGCUGCGGCCUAAAAGUCCAGGCUUGGAGUCCUCGGACGCGGUGGAGUCGCCGGGGUCUGAGAAGGUCUUCAGGCACAAUGGAGGACAAACGUAACAUCCAGAUCAUCGAGUGGGAACACCUGGACAAGAAGAAGUUCUAUGUGUUUGGUGUGGCAAUGACCAUGAUGAUCCGUGUCAGCGUCUACCCCUUCACCCUCAUCCGCACCCGGCUGCAGGUACAGAAGGGCAAGAGCCUCUACCACGGGACCUUUGACGCCUUCAUCAAGAUCCUGCGAACAGAUGGGGUGACUGGACUCUACCGAGGGUUCCUGGUUAACACCUUCACCCUCAUCUCUGGUCAGUGCUACGUCACCACUUAUGAGCUCACUCGCAAGUUUGUAGCUGACUACAGCCAGAGCAACACAGUCAAGUCACUGGUGGCCGGAGGCUCUGCCUCCCUUGUGGCCCAGAGCAUCACGGUACCCAUUGAUGUAGUCUCCCAGCACCUGAUGAUGCAGCGGAAGGGUGAGAAAAUGGGCCGCUUCCAAGUGCGUGGAAACCCAGAUGGACAAGGGAUAGUUGCGUUUGGCCAAACUAAGGACAUCAUCAGGCAGAUCCUGCGGGCUGAUGGGGUCCGGGGAUUCUACCGGGGUUACGUGGCUUCACUGCUCACCUAUAUCCCCAACAGUGCUGUGUGGUGGCCCUUCUACCACUUCUACGCAGAGCAGCUCUCCUCCCUGUGCCCCAACGAAUGCCCUCACAUCGUCUUUCAAGCCAUCUCGGGGCCCUUGGCUGCAGCCACUGCCUCCAUUCUCACCAACCCCAUGGAUGUCAUCCGAACCCGUGUCCAGGUUGAAGGCAAGAACUCCAUCAUUCUGACCUUCAGACAGCUGAUGGCAGAAGAGGGGCCCUGGGGCCUCAUGAAGGGUCUCUCAGCUAGAAUCAUCUCAGCCACACCUUCUACCAUUGUCAUCGUGGUGGGCUACGAGAGCCUCAAGAAACUCAGCCUGCGCCCCGAGCUGGUGGACUCCAGACACUGGUAACAUGUGGGAGAGAGAAGCCUACUGUUUCCACACUACACUGGGUCGGGGGCCCAAGGGGAGGAUAGCACGCUCUGGAACUGCUCCCCUCUUCCCCACCCUUCCAUACCCAGCCCUGAUCCGGGCCACGGUAGCCUGGCGGACAGGGACAGAGACUGGAACUGCUGUCGCUGAGGAGGCUCCACUGCUGGAUCCCUUGCCUCCACUAUUUUGAAUUCUCUGUCUGAACUGGGUACCUUCAUUCAGUCGCGUUACUCAGUUACUCAAUCCUUGUCUCUAAGGACCUGCCUCCAUCCCCCUACCUGUUAACCCUUCUGGAUCCUCCCCCACAACCUGCCCCCCGCAUCCAUGUUCCUGAAACCCUGGGCAGAGCUGGACAGAAAGCCAGCAUACUACUACCAGCUCUUCCCCCUUGGCUUCCAGUCCAGCCUCCCUGCAGCUGCCAUCAGCCCUUUUCAGUUUCGUCUCUCAGGCUUGCUUGUUUUGUUUUGUUUUGUUUGUUGGGAUUGAGCUGCCCACAACACAAUUUUGCUUUUUUCUUCCUCUUGGAGGUAAGUUGCCCGCACUUUUGCACAGGGAGCUGGGAGCAGCAGAGCCCUCCCUCCUCCCCCAGCGCCCUUGACUGUCUCUGGAGGAGUUGUCAGACUGGGAAAAUGUUGAAACUUUGUUUUUCGGUGUGAGUUUUCUUAACAUCUGUGAACCAGGCUCUGUAACUUAGUCCUGCUAAUGUGCCACGAACCCACCCCUUCCUCAGAUAGGUGGAAAAAAAACCUAACGGUAAUAUAGCAUCCUCCCAUUUCCCUAUCCCUUUAGUAUCAGCAGCCCUAGGGCAACAUAAGCUGUCCCCUGACCCAAAUGGCUGCACUGAUGGGCACAUUUCCAAGUGGAUCUGACAGACUGAGGGAAUACCGGACUUGGGCCACUACUCAAAAACCUAACAAAAGUAGGUUGGGAGAGUAGUUGGUUUGGGAACGAACAAGCAGGCACAUGUUCCUUAGCGCAUCUCCAUGGACCCACAGAGCCAAGCCUAGGAGAGCGCAGUACGGGUUCUGAGCCCCCCAGGAAACCAUCACAUACAUACACACCCAGCCACUCAGACUCAAGCAACAGAUGUUGUCUGAUGGUGAGAAACUCAGAGCUGUAGGACUGUUUUGGUUUUCACCCUGGACAUGAAGAGUCGUCCCACUGGUGACCCUGUGCUUGGAAGAGAAGGAAGAGGAGCUGAGAAGGUCACCCAAUACCAGGACCACUGCAUCUACCAGCCUGAUACUGCCGACAUUCUCUGGGCAAGCUCUUCCUCGGGAGCCAGGAGAGGAGGACUCCUCCCCACCUCAUUCUUCCACCCUCACACCUCUGCUGCCACAACCAAUGGGACAAGAAGAUGGAAUGUCAAAAUGCAUUUCCACUCGAGACAUUUGGCCAGGGUCAUGCUCUCCACUUUCCUAUUGGUCCCACCCCUGGGAAAGGCCAUGGUGCCAAUUUGAAAGGUGCUAGCUACCCGAAGCCUUGUUAUUUCUUAUGGCUGCCCCACAUUCUUCGACUUGGGCCAGAUCAGAAUCUGAAAACCGUGUGAGUAUUUAUUUCUCUACCUUCAGCACACUGUUGCCCAUCUUGAUUUCUUAUCUAAGGAUUUUCUUCCCUCUUCUUAUUUCUGCUUGUUUGUCCCUGCCCACAUUUUUAUCAACAGAGUUCCUUGUCCUACAAAUGGUUAUGCAAAGGAUGGGGCCCACAGAUCAUUUCUGAAUCUUCCUGUUCUUCACCCUAAAAACCACCAGUGUAAUGGGAGCCUAGGGCCCUUCCUCCCUACAAGCUCAGCUCAGCAGGACCUCCCAGCCGUGGUUUUCUUAGUUCCAGAACUUUCACUUGUCUUGAUCUUCCUUACUAUGGCAAAGUGGGUAAAAAGUGUCCUGAACAGGAGAUGGUCCCCUGCCUGCCUUAGGGUGUUUCUCCUUCCCAGACUUUGUUUUUCUCCUAUUUCACCAACUCUUCUCUCUCUCCCUCCUGCUCUCUGUCACCCAUAAAGUAUGGUGGGUAUACAAUGAAAGGGACCCCUGGUCUUUUUCCGAUCUGAUAGUUUAGGGACUUGGAUUGGGUGUGGCUCAAAACAGAUCUUGGUGGGGAUGUAACAAUGAGCUUCCAAACCAAGACUGGAGACCAAAGCAGCGGGCAUUCUUAAUGUAUUGGUUCCUAACCAGAACUAGCAGUAACUUCUGGGAGUCCAGGUAAGACAGGACUCUUGGAGUGAGGAGUAUCAAAGGGCAGGGGAAAGAAACUUAACAUCUGAUGAAAUAGAUUCUUGAAUACCAACCGCGUAUAUUCACUGUUGCACUGUACGAAGUCUUUGAAGUGUAAUUAAAAGUUUUUAUUGAGUCCCUGAA